AUGCUAGCCCUAUCGCUCUUGAAUCAUCCCAUAAUCCCUGCUACUUCCUUCGUGGUGCGCGAAUUCGUAAUCGUCGCUUCUUGCUCGUACGCGAUGGUGUCUAUUGUUAUCUGGGCGCUGUUCGAGUCUCCUAUGGAGGUUAUGUCGCCUUUUAGGCUGCUGCAAGUUGUUUUGGCGGUUACGGGGUGUGUGUUUUUGACCUUGGGGGUUGUUGAGUGGGUUUAUCGGCAGAUGUUCCCUGUGGAACGGGGGAGGGAUGUGGAGAAGGUGCAGGGUGAAGGGGAUGUUGGAAGGGAUAUGGAGAAAGGGGCGGUUUUGGCGUAGAAGUGGAAGGCGAAGCUAACAUGUUAACACUCCUUUUACGCGGGCUGGCCUCGUAUCACUCGCCUGUGCGCUCAUUACCACCACAUCGUUUUUCCGCUGUUCUACCCCUUCUUUA